AUGUCUGUAGCCAAAACUGUUGGACAGACAACGUCUUCUACAGACCCCAAGACCACUCCAGUUCCUUCGAUCGAGAUAUGGAGGCCAUCGCUGCACGAAAGGCUCAUCAUUUACAUGUUAGGUGUAACAUCGCUGAUCGUCGCCAUGGAUGCUAGCAUCAUACCGACAACAUUAUCCUCCAUGGUAAACGAUCUAGAGGGUGACUCUACUCAAGCCUUCUGGAUCGGAACCUCAUACCUGCUGGUCAAUGCCGUGACCAUGCCAUUCAUUUGUUCCGUCAGCGAUAUCUUCGGCCGUCCCAUCUGCUUCGAGUUCUCUCUCGCCAUGUUCUCUUUGGGCACGGUGAUUUGUUGUACGGCCAACAGCAUUGUGCACAUGCUCGUUGGACGUUGCAUACAAGGAAUAGGUGGUGCUGGCAUACACGCGUUAGGUCUCGUCAUUCUAACUGAUAUUGUACCGUUGUCCCACCGGCCGAAGUGGUAUGGCGUGACUCUCGGCGGCUGGGCUAUCGGACUUUCGCUAGGACCAAUUAUUGGUGGCGGUAUAGUGGAGCACGCUAGCUGGAGGGUGAUCUUCUACAUCAUGUUCCCAAUUUGUGCAUUGGGGUUGAUUCUUACCCCGUGGCUCCUCACGCUUAAGCCAAAAACCGCUACGCUGAAAGAGAAGCUCGCCCGGGUCGACUGGCUCGGAGGCAUUCUAUUUAUGUGUUCUGCAACCUCUUUCUUAAUAGGUGUCUCGUGGGGAGGUAUCCAGUAUGACUGGAAUAGUGCGCAGACUAUCGCACCUAUAGUUCUUGGUGCUUUAGGUAUGAUCAUGACUGUUUUUUAUGAGAAUCAUUUUGCCAGAGACCCAUAUCUGCGCAAGAGCCUUUGGCAAGAUUGGAGGAUCGAGGGCUCGGACAAACUUAAUUGGAGUGCUAUCGUAACAUAUAUCAAUGGAUGCCUCCAGGGACUUGCCAUGUUCGGCUUCUUGUACUACGUUCCUCUAUAUUUCCUAUCCGUUAAAGGACAGUCACCGUUGGAGGCGGGUGUCGACGUACUAGCAUUGCUAUUACCGACUCUACUAUCAGCUAUCGUGACUGGACGUUUGAUUACAAGGACGAGAAAUUACCGAUGGGCAAUUUGUGUUGGCUGGUUCAUCGCAUGUAUUGGUACUGGCUUUCUUCUUGUUUGGUCUGUCCACUCAAGCACGGUGUUCUGGGCCUUUUCUCAAAUAAUCCUUGGUGUCGGAACAGGUGCUGUUCUCAAUGCCCAGAACUUCGCCUGCCAAGCGAUGUGUAAGCCUGCGGAUGGUACCAGAACUGGUGAAGAAGGUGUGGCGGCCGCCAUGUAUCUUUUCUCGCGACAGUUCGGAUUUGCCCUAGGAGUCGGCAUUGGUGGAACCGCCUUUCAGAAUGUCAUGGCCCUCAAGCUUGAAUGGGAAGGGUUGCCAGUUGAUCCUGCCCGCCAUGCAGAGGGCUAUGUCGCUGUCCUGAGCUCGAUGCAGGAUGGACACGAGAAAGCUUCAAUUCGUGAGGCGUACGAGUUCGGCUUUAUGGGCUGUUUCUCGGUCUUCCUUGGUGUCUCAGUCGUUGCAUUGAUACUAAGUCUCAUAUUUGUGGAACAGUUUGAUAUGAACAGAGCACAAGAUUCCGAGCAUAAACUGCAACCUCGUCGAGCUAUAACGAAAGCUAUAGACCAAACUUCCCAGGAGCGGACAUGCAAAGUCUGA